AUGCCGCUCUCAGCGCCACGCUUUUUCCGUUCCCCUCGCUCUCUCUCCGCGUCUCCACUGCUUUGCUGCGGUGCACCUUUUUCCGGUUCUUCCCCUUCUGGGUCUUUUCCUUCUUCCCGAUUUUCGGCUUUCGUCGCUUCGGCCGCGCCGUCUCCGCAGGGACGAGUACAUUCCUGCUUCGCCGGCUUUCCUCCGCCAAGCAAACCAGUGAGAAGGGGGCUAGCCUGCGAGCGCGACGGUGUCCACCUGAGCACCUCGGCCUGUCGCUUUUUCGCGCACGACGCAGGCGCGUUCUUCUCUUCCAAGUCGCCUAGGAAGGAUGCUCUCAAGGCUCCGGUAGAUGAGGGACAACCCGGCCGACUGACUCUGAAAGAAGACGGCGAGGCCGUCAUCCACAUAUCGCCAGCAGCCGCCAAGCGGUUGACUCGGAUUUGGGAAAAGCGCAGAGAGGCCGAAGCUCAGGCAGCCGCCGGUGCCUCGCAAAGUGUGAGUGCGGCCGCGCGGUCGGGUGUUCCGGAGAGUGGAAAGUCUUCGGUCGUCACUCCAGCUGCUGGUCGGGGGGCUGCCCAGGAUGGGGUUCCUGGGGAACGGAAGGGAGGAUCUUUUCGUCCGAAUGAAGAGACGAAGCUCGCCUUCAAGGGCCAGGGGUCACCUGGACAAAAUCGGCACGGAGCGGAUGGAGGGGAGCGAGAUAUCGUAGGCAGGGGCGCGCACUGGUCGGAGACAGACGAGCCAAACGGGAGGUCAGGCGAGACGCAAGGCAGUACUCGUGGAAGCGAGGUACCCCCGCCGCUGGGGGCUUCUCGUUCGUGUUAUCAGUGGCGGGUGUUCAGGAUACCAGUACUGCUUCGAUUUGAUCGGACGCAGAGAGCUCGUCGACUUUCGACAAGCAGGCACGCAUCUGUGAGUCUUGUGUUUUUCCGCAUGGCCUCGCCAUAUGGAGGCCCGGACAUCGGAGCAGAAGAGAGACCUAGGAGUUUUCAAGGCGGCGAUUGUCAGAACGAGAUGAGAGAGAAUGCGUGGUGCGUGGUUGUGGACAAGUGCAGUGUUCCUUUACUGGAAAAUUCUGUGGUAGAUUAUUCCGACACACUCGCCGCAUCUGAGUUUCGCAUUGUUAACAACGAACAAGCAGAGAAUGUUUGCAGUUGCGGUCACUCUUUUGCCAUAAAAGACGAUUUUUAG